CAGGGGGCGGUGGAGCCGCGUUCCGUGCUCCGCCCCGUCGGGCCUGCGCCGUCCGACCGGGGCCGGGACAUGACCGGCGAGCCCGUCACCGUGCUGCUGCGGCGGCUGCAGGCGCUGCAGGGCGAGCGCGCCGAGGCGUACCGGCUGCUGGAGGAGGGCCACCAGGCGUACCUGAGCAGCGCACCCCACUACGAUUUCCCCCGUUACCGGCAGCUGGUCCAUGAGAUCACCCUGACGUUCAGCGGCAUCUCCCGGGAGGUGCUGCACAUCACCGGGCGCCUGCGGGACGAGCUCGCCCGCCCCGACCUGGCCCAGCACCUCACCCGCCUCCAGGAACGGGAGCAGGAGAAGCUGCAGCUGACGGCGCAGCUCCAGCUGGCCCGGCAGCGGGCGCAGGAUGAACCCGACGUGGACGCCCAUCAGCAGGAGGUGCGGGAGCUCAAGCACAAGCUAAUUAAAACCAUUGAGGCAAUCAGCAAAAUUCUCCAGGACCUCAAGUACGAUUCGGAAGAAGUUGAGUGAUGGGUGUCCCCGUGGGAACGGCUGGAGGGGCCGGCGGGUGGAAUGGGGGCCCUGCUUGUCCCCCCGGCCCACCCCACACUACCUCGGCAAGGUGGGCACCUUCCCCCCGACCCCUUUUCUUGGCCACGGGUUGGAAGGAGUGCGGAACGCCCCCCCGGGAGCAGUGGGGUCCCCCCAAAUCCUGAGCAUCCCUUGGCAGAGGGGGCCGGUGUGGGGCUGGUUCCUCCUCCCCAGCUCUGCUGGGGCUUUUCCCAAUGAAAACCAGUGCCUGUAGAGCCUUGUUUUGGCCCCCCAACUGGGAUGGGCACAGCCCUUGCUGCUGGCUGGAGCCCCCCCAAACCCACCUCCCCAGCCCCACACCAGCUCUGGCACCCCCCAAGUGCCCCUUCUCUGGUCACCCCACAAUAAACGCGUCCCCACGGA